GAUGUACACAGCUCAGUAACACCAUGUCAACAUUGUCCCCACCACCUUCCUCUGUCAGUCAGAGCAGUGCAAAUGUUUGCAAUGGUGCAGAUGCAAAUUUGUACUGAAGGGAUGUUGAAAGGAUUUUCUAUUCAGACAGCUACCACCACUCCUAAAGCCUCGGGCUGCUCAAAUUACUUUUUAUGUUGCAUAUGUGAUAUUUAUAGCUACAUGACUGCUACGACAUGCGGUCGGAUAUAGGCUGCAGGUUUCUCUGCUAAAUAUGACGACUCAGAGUACCACAGUGGAAGUAAGAUAUUAAGCCUUGCAACAUGGAUAUAAUAUAUGUAGAUAAAAUAAAGAUUUAGGCAUUGGGAUUUACUAAUAUUUAUGACUGGCAGCUUUUAUUCCAUAUGUAGCCCAUUAACUAUCUGCAUUUACUUUUCUGUCCUCCUGUGGAUUUUCACAAUUAUUGAAUUGGCUAUACCCUACAUCACUGUGAACCAAAGUGUUCAAUAUGUUUGGUUUACUGUGCUAUGAAAAUCAUCUUCAGCAGACGUCAAACUUGCUUUAGACAGGUGCUUCAACAUCUAGUUGCCUUGUUUUUGUCCAAAUUACAUAACUGUCAGACGCUUGUGUGCACAGCUUUUAUUUUAAAGCGCUAUUUUUCUCUUGGUUGUCUUAUGCUUUUUUUUUUUUUUUUGACAGCAGAACUCUUGAUACAUUAGCCGUUUCCAAAAAGCUACUUGACUCUCUGUGAACCAACAAUCAUUGAGAAUGUAACUUUGAUGAGAAGAAAGGGAAUAGAUGGAUAUCUGCCUCAAGCAAGUUUCAAGUCUAAGCAAGUUGCCUCCCAAAGCACGCUGAAGGGCAAGUUUGGUAUUUUUCAACCUGGACCCUAUUUUGCCGUGUUUUUGUGACUAAAUGACUCAUGAGAACAACAGUUCUUUUUUUUUAACUGGUCCAGUAUUGAAGGAGAGCACAGCAGAUGGUCGUCGCGAAACGGGCUACAAUUUAAGCAUUCGGUGCAUUUUUGCACCAGCUUACACCCACUAAAAGUGCUUGUUUAUGCCACUGACAGGCUUGGAUUGUCAUUUUAAGUAGGGAUGCACCGCAAUGAAAAUUUGUGGCCGAAGCCGAAUAAUAUUAAACGCUUGGCUGAAUACCGAGUACCGAAUACCGAAUAUUGUUGUUUAGCUUUUCAUUAGUUUUUGCAGAUGAACCCCCUCCAGAUUAGUGUUGUCACGGUACCAAUUUUGGGACCCACUGUAUGAUACCAAUGAAAAUAUCAUGGUUCUAAGUAGUAUCACGAUACCACAGCGAAAAUGAGGCAGAUGUGCCUUUUGUCAUUUAUAAAAAGAUAAAUCACUUUUCUAUAAUACUUCAAUGAUAUUUCAAUGGAAUAAAUUGCUUAUUGACUUAUUCAUACUUCAAAAACAGUAUCAAUCAGUGAUGAACAUAGGGGGGAUCAAAAUAAAAUAAAUAAAUAAAAUAAGAAUCAACCAGCCACCCUCCUCCCCUGACAGUCCCUUCAUAAGUAAUGAACAGUCCCUAAAGUGCAGUGAGGUUUGUGGGCCGUGAACGGCUCGUUUCUCCUCUGACACAUCACAUACCUGUGUUCGGCUGGCUCGGCUGUUCAGGUACUUUUGGGCAGUCGUGACGCCAAGAAGAGGAUAUUAUUGGAGUCGACUUCUCCGUCGCCAGUAAGCCUAUGGCCGCUGUAUUUGACAGGAAUACAUUACUGUCUGUGUCUGUGACCCCCGUUCAACCCACAAUCGGUGGGAUUCGCCUUUCGUUUCUGCUGCUGGUUGAAAUCUGUAGGCUGCUCACACAGCGUGCUGAAUGAUUUAAGCCUAUUUUGCUGACUCAAAACUAUUUUUAGUCGCAAAUGCGAGUGCGGUGACGGGUGGAUCGCCACACGUCACGGCACGCUGUUUGAUUGCGUUAUCAAAACACGCCACUAUUAUUCGGCCUUGCUUUUAACUUAUUCCACCGAAUACCGAAUGUGUGUUUUUUUGCAAUAUUUGGCUGAAUAUAUUCGGUUACCGAAUAUAUUCGGUGCAUCCCUAAUUUUAAGUGUCAACAGCUACUGGAAAGGUUCCCUACAGAGACAGAGACAGAGAUAUUUGUUGAAGAGUAAGAUACUUAAUGAACGAGAUAGUAGUGUGUUCGACAACCGUCUUUAUCAUAUGAUACUCAAGAAAAAACGCAGGUGCUCUUGAAGAAAAAAUGAACUUCAGGCACUCAUGCGUGGAGCAGAAACAGAUGCAUUUGAAUUUAGUUAAAAAGCCUUUAUUUCAAACAUGGCUGCUUACAUUAAAACACAGACUGGUUUCGAUCCUAAGGUCUUCGUCAGGGUGCAAAAGGGUGGACAGGAGUCAAGCAAACAUUUUAUAAGAUCCUUUUUGUUGAAUCAGCAAUAGCCCCGAAUUCCCUAUUGCCAAACCUAUCAGACUCCAUUUAAACAAACUGUAAUUUUAUCAUCAUAAAACACAAUUUAUUCAAAGUUGACAGAAACAUACUGAAAUUCACAAAAGCCGUCUAGGUUUGUUUUCCAACAAUUACCACCCCGGUUUGGUUGAAAUAAACCCUUAAUUCACCCAGUUAUAUGUGAAAAUAUGCUGCCUUUAUACAUGCUAAAAAUGCUGUUUAUUUAAAUGGAGUCAGAAUGUUGUCAGACACUUAGAACAACAAUCUGAGUCUGUCAGUGGCAAAAACAAGCACUAGAAUUUGACGUAAGUUGACGGUAUGAACCUGCCACGAGUGGUUACAUUGCAGCAUGUUUCGACACUGUAGACUGCAGCCCUCUCGCCCAAUACUGGACCACUUUUAAAAAUUGUUGUUUCCUUUAGUCACUUAUAUUGAAUAACGUAGUCUAACGAGUCUGGGUUGAAGAAACUGGACUUACCUUUUAAAGUGAAUGUAAACCAAUACAAUAUUAUUUGAAACCAGGUCAGAAUAAUGUAAAAUAUAUGUGAUUUGUAGGUUGUAGUUAAUCAUACAAAACCAGUUUGGUACUUCUAAAAAGUAUCAGAUGUAACAAUAAGAACAGCCUUUAUAAAACUGUGCCUUUAAGGAAGGACUGGUUGGUGAGGCAAUGAUUAGGUUUGGUGGAUUUAAAUGAUCCUGUUCCACUUUUGUCCUGUUCUUCCCUGAAUAUUUCCGCUGUUGUGUAACAGAGAACACGCUCUGAGACUUCGAUCCCUCUUUCUCUGCUUCUAACAGAUGAGAACUUCACUCUCAAACACGACAGAGCCUUCCUGCUGUCGAUGGCCAAUCGUGGGAAGGACACCAACGGUUCACAGUUUUUCAUGUGAGCAACAUUAAGUAAAUCAAAUCACUCUGCACCUUUUAUUAACUAUACCAUUUAACUGACAGGUCACGUAAAUUGUUCAUUUGCUUUCUGUCCCUUUUGAAACUGUAGAAUUUGUCAACAACCCGUCUCUGUGUGCAGAUAGAUUUUCAAAGUGCAGAGAAACAUGGAUUCAUUCUUUAUUUUACCUACAAAUGUGUUACAUUUUUUCUCUUGCCGUUUUUGUGUAAAAUUUACAGAAACUCUAGCAUCCUGCUCUUCCAAGGUAAUGUGUCUCCAAGGCUGUGUUUCUCUCUCUCCUGACUGUAUUUAUCAUUCACUAGUUUGUACUUUCAAGUCUUCUCCAGAGUGUUUAUUUUGGAUAUGUUUGGAAAACCAUUCACAAAUAGCUUGAGGUUAUUUGGCUUUGUAAACUUCCUUUAUCACUAAAACAGGUUGUCACCACAAGUAAAGAAAUGAGUAAACACUUGAAACAUAAAAGAGGAAAUGUACACUGGCUGUCUUCUUUAUAUAAUUGCCCACACUCUGUUGUUCAGGGUUUUUAUUGCCUGCUCCUGGCAGUUUUUAAUUCAACAGCCCAAAUUAUGAGUGUUUUCUAAAUUGAUUUGCAGACAAAUAUCAUUAAACUGGUGGUCUGACAAAUUCUGUACCUGUUUUGAGACUUUUCCUGUGGUACAGUAGCACCGGCACUUUGUUGAAGUUACUAUUUAUUCUCAUUCGUUUUCUCCUCUUUCUCCUUUUCUCAUGACCCCACCACUGCUGUUGGUUGACCCUCCCUGGCUUCUUUGCUGGAUUUUCGACAAACAGCACAACCAAGAUGGCGCCUCAUCUCGAUGGAGUCCAUGUCGUCUUCGGUGUGGUCAUCUCCGGCUUUGAGGUGAUAAAGAAGAUCGAGGGGUUAAAGACUGAUUCAGCCAGCAGACCUUACGCUGAUGUAAGAGUGAUGGACUGCGGACAACUCAUCACCAAGUCCGCUAAUGAUGUACUUGAAGGCAAGAGGAAAAGAACCUCCCAUUCUGCUGACUCGUCCCUCAAUUCCCAUGACUCAUCCUCUGAGUUCUCCUCAUCAGUGGGAUCUGAAAGUGAAUCAGAUGAAAAGCACAAACAUCGCAGGCACAAGGGACAUUCAAAAAGUAAACGGCCUAAAAAGAAAAGUAGGGAAUCAAAGAAGGAGAACAUUGACGUUCCCCCCAAGCAAAGCUCUCGCAGUCCUGUGGAAAGAGAGGUGCUGGAGGGAGACAAUGAAGUGGAGGGAGAGAAGGAGCAGAGUGGGAAGAGAGAGAAGCCUGUAGUCCGACCGGAGGAAAUCCCACCGGUACCAGAGAACCGCUUCCUGCUGCGACGGGACAUGCCAUCUCAGGAAGAUAAAACAGUGAUAGUUGAGAAAGAAGAAACAUCUCUGUCAGCUGACCAGAAACCAGCUGUCUCCAAGUCUGGACGAAAGAUCAAAGGCAGAGGAACAAUGAGAUAUCACACCCCCACAAGGUCUAAAUCGCGUUCUGCAUCUGUGGAAGAACGUGGUAGCAGUGAAACUCCACCACACUGGAAAGAAGAAAUGAAGAGAACUAAAGUUUAUCAACCACCGAGCAUCGAGAGAUGGAGCAAAGGAGACAAAUUGAAUGACCAUUCCUCAAGCAGAUGGGACGACAGAAGUGACUCUGCAUGGUCCCGGUCGGCAGAACAUUCCUCAGACCGCAGCUCUGAGAGGUCCAGUGUGCACCGCCAACAGAAGAAGGAGAAGAAGAAAGCCAAACACAAGAAGAAGGCCAAGAAACAGAAACGUAGCAAGAAGAAAAGCUCCAAGAAUAAACCUCAAGAGACUCUCCCGUCAGAGGGUGAAAGAUCAUUGUCUUCAGAAAGAAGGUCUAGAAGAUCCCGGUCUCCAUCCUGCUCCUCUUCAAAUCAGCAUAAUUCGUCAAGUCGGAGAAGACGGCGGUCCUCGCUGUCUUUAAGAGACUCACGGUCCUACUCUAGAUCCUACACAUCUAGUCAGUCCAGAUCUAGAGGGAGGUCUAGGUCAUAUUCAAGAUCCAGAAGCCCAUCUAGGUCCAGAAGUCGGUCUUUGUCUAGAUCCAGAUCACAGUCCUAUUCUCAAUCUCGGUCUAGAUCCAGGUCAAGAUCAAGAUCCAGGUACAGAUCUAGGUCUUUGUCUUCAUCCAGAAGGAGGAGCUCUUCCAGAUCUCAGAGAAAGAGGAAAGCCAGUAAGCCUAAAGCAGACACCAGGAUGCCCGAGAAGCUUCAAGAGAGCAAAGUCACACCUGUCUCCAGACUCCCGAAUGUCCCAGCUCCUGAAAGUGUCCCCGUGAUCCCAAUGAGCGACAGUCCCCCACCCUCCCGCUGGAAACCCGGUCAAAAGCCCUGGAAGCCCUCUUACAUCCAAAUUCAGGAGAUUAAAGCUAAAGUAGCUUCCAACUCCUCAACCGGACAAAUGGUUGCUGCUGUUACAGAAAAAAGUCAGACUUCCGUUACGCCAAAGUGUCUGUCAGCUGACUCUGAAAGCCACAAACCUGCAGGGCGGUCACGUAGCAGGUCCUCCAGGAGCAAAUCCUACAGCCGCUCAUACAGUCGUUCACGGAGCAGAAGUUAUAGUAGGUCCAGGUCCAGAUCGCCUCGUCAGUAUAACAGCAGGUCAUCAUCCUACAGUAGAUCAGACUCUGACAACUCCCAGAAAACACGCAGCAACAAGAAGAAUUCAUUAGACAAGGAAUGGAAAGAGUACUACAGCUCUCUGAAGAGGAUAAAAGAUUCAGAUAAGUACGUUUCACUCACCAGUAGUCAAGAUGCUCAGUCAGAAACAGAGAAGAUGGCAGGCUGUGAGCGUAGUCCUGAUAUCAGUGUCCCGAGUAGAGGUGGCUCUUUGGAGAAAAGAAAAGAGAAAGGCAGCUCAAUGCCGGCAGAGAGCUUUAAUAGCAGGUCUGAGUGGGAUAGUGACAGUGAUAAAGUGAGCCAAAGCAACAGUCCUGCCCUGUCAAAAAAGCAGAAACAAGCCAUUCAGUCCGGUGAAUUUCCUGACAAGAAGUUGUCUGCAUUUACUGGGUGGAAUUCAGAAAGUGAUUCUGAAAAUAUAACCACCAGGACAAUGGCAAUAUCCGAAAAAGAGGAAGGUGAGGCUAGUUCAGAAUCAGACAAUGAGACUUCCAGAAAGGCGUCGGAGGCAGUGGCUGAACUGGAACAGAAGAUUGCUGCUGUCACUGCCACUGCUGCUGCUUCUGGUCAGCCAGAGGAAAGUGCUGAGAAGGCUUCAGAGCCCGAGAAGCACAAGAGCAAGAAGAAGGCCAAACGUAAGCAUAAACACAAGAGAAGAAGUGAGAACAAAAGUGGUUCCCAUCACAGUAAGGAGAAAGGAAAGAGAUCGAAGAGGAAACAUCAGAAGCUCAAAGAGACUUUUCACUGGCAGCCUCCUUUGGAGUUUGGAGAGGAGGAAGAUGAGGAUGAAUCAAAACGAGAGAAGCACAGUCCUAGUAGAAUUGUCAAAGAAAAGCCUGGUGGAGGCAGUAUGAAUGAAAAUAUACCGUCUUUAAACAAGAAUCCUGUAAAAGAAAAAGACAGGCCGCCACAGAGAGCAAAAGAAUGUAUCAACAAGAAUCCAAAACAUUCUGAACCCCAGCUUCAGUCAUCUGACAGGAACGAUGCUAACGUACCCAGUGUCAAAGAGCAAGAGUCAUUAGAUGAUAUGGACAUUUGUACCCCAGAGCAUGAAGCUGAAAUAGUAGAACCUCCAGUUACAGAGGAUUUUCAUAAUAAAGCCCCUGAAUUAACUCUAAAAUCUACCUCAAAGUCUACAGAUUCGUCAAGCACAGAUCAAGCUUUACCUCAUAGCAAAGAACAGCCUUCUGUUACCUCCACAACAACAGCUGGUGGACUGCAAGAUGAAGCAACCACUGGCAAACCCACUGGCACUGUAAUUAAUUUCAAAUGGAGGCCUUUGAAAGGAAUGUCAGCUCUACAGAAUGUGAACAUGCCACCUGUUGCCACGAAAAACAUCCAACUUCAAGACAACCAGACGCCCAACACGCAGGGAGUGAGAAUGGAGAUAAAAAGCAAAAGCCGGGUCCGACCAGGAUCUCUAUUCGAUGAGGUUCGUAAGACCGCACGGCUCAACCAGAGGCCGAGGAACCAGGAGAGCUCCAGCGAGGAGCGAUCCCCCUCUGUGGGGAAUACACGGGGAACUUCACACACACGGUCCCCGAAGAAGUCGCGCUCUGUUUCCAGUCACCGGUCCCACUCUAGAGGCUAUUCCCACUCCUACAGCAGGUCCAGGAGUCGAUCCCGCAGCUCCAGCUACUCCUCCAGGAGCCGCAGCAGGAGUCGGAGGAGACGUGGAAGAGGACGGUCGCGCUCUCGUAGCAGCACAUAUCGAAGUUACAGGAGUCACAGUCGGACGUACAGUAGAAGUAAUUCCAGGAGUCGUUCAUAUACUCGCCGUCGGAGAUCCAGGUCGGACUCCUACGACAGCUAUUCCAGUCGGAGUCGGAGUGUGAGCAGGAGACGAGGGCGCAGGCGAAGUGACAGCUACAGGAGCUCGGACCGCCGAUCCCGGUCGUACCGCUCCUCCAGCCGCAGUUCUUCCAGGCGCAGAAGUCACAGUCGCAGCAGUCGGUACAGCUGAGGCCUCGGGCAGGCUGUUUGGCCCGAGUCUGUUGAGAGGGAACAAAACCACAAAGUCUGGACACUGUGCGCAAACUAUAGUACUAACUGUUAUUAUUACACAUCAGCAACUAAAGCUCCAAUACUGUACCGUGUGACAGUCUUUGAGAAAAUGAAUGUUAUCGACAUAAAUGAACCACUUUACAAGCUCAGACAAAGAAAGCUCUUCUGUUAAAGUCUGUCACAGCUGAGAACAACAGCCUGGAGGCAUAACAACGGUUUCUCUGUGAUAAAUAAUGUGAGAAAUAAGCUGUAUAUAUUUUAUAUGACUGUAUAUUUGUGUAUCCAUUUUCUACUUCUGUUUUUUCUACACUGAAAUGUGUUUGGGAACUUAGCGGGCUUAGGUUGAGGUUAUGCCUUAAAUUCAGUUUUUGGUUUCUCUGCUGGGGAAAAAUAACUUUUAUUUUCGCAGUUUGAAGCUGUAAUUUGUCUGUUCGAUGGGUUUGUUACUGUUUCAUGAAUGUUCAAAGCUGUACUCAGUAACAAGUAUGUCUGAUGUCGAUUUAUUCAAACAGUUAGGACGGUUUACACUUAAUAAACCCUACAGCCUCUUAA